AAUUCAAUCAGACAUAACUUGUCUUUGAAUAAGACAUUUGUCCGUGUUCCACGUCCAAUUAAUGAACCUGGUAAAGGAUCAUACUGGACAGUUGAUUUUCGAGCGGCAGAAGCUGAACAACAACAUCGUUCUCGAAGUAGAAAUAAUAGAUCUUCAAGUGAUCCAACUCCUUAUCAUCGUACUGAAUCAUCAUGGCCAUAUGAUAAUCGUAGAUACCGAGAACCAAUGACUGCGGUAGCUGAAAUGGGUCGACCUUACUUUGACGUAGGUCAAUAUAGUAAUAUGCAGAAUAUGUCAUACCGACAAAUGCGUUCACCCCGUUAUACUCAAGCAACUAUGGGACAGUCUUACCUUCCACAAGGUCUAGGAGGUGGAGCUGGUAUCACUAGUACUCAACAAACAAUGUCUUACGCCGGUGCUGGCAUCGGUAAUCUUGCUGUCACUGCAAAUUAUGAUAUUACUGACUAUACGAACAUUCAUGCCCAUCCUACCGCUACCGCUCAUGUGGACGGACAUAAUGCUACCGCUUUUAACGGUUACAAUACCCAUCAGAUUUAUCAACAACAGAUGUCAACACAUCCAACAGAUACCAACACAGCGGUGGCUCACGCCUCUUAUGUUUAA